UUUUUAAUAGUGAUUGAAUAAUAAUUUAUAGUGCUUAUUAAAAUAUUUGACCUAACCCAUAUAAUAUUAAUAUGACGUGUAUAGCUGUUAGUAGAACAACUGUUGUAGUGUCUUCAAUAGAUGUUGAUAAAUGUUUUGUGUAUUCGUUAGACAGUGGAAAUGUAAAAAAUCUCACUGAAAAUUUGGGCGAAGCGUACAAAAACAUUCCAAUCAAUAACCAUGACUUGCAAAAAGCAUGUGCGGCAUUUUCGGCUGAUGGCACACUAUUUGCUUAUAAUCCGAACAAAGGAAAACUCCUAAGCAUUUGGAACACUACAAACUGGACAUUAGUGGAAAACAAAUCACUAGCAAAGCAUGCAACAAACAUAGUUUUUACACCAAAAACUAAUGUAAUUGUUGUCGGUGAUAAAAAAGGUGAUGUUUAUGCAUUUGAAGAACUCCCUAUUCGUAUCCUGGGUCAUUCGUCUAUGAUCCUUGACAUUUGUAUUAGUGAUAAUGAAAAGUAUAUUGUUACAUGUGACAAUGAUGAAAAAGUACGAGUUUCACAUUAUCCAAAUGGUAAAAACAUUGUUUAUUACAUGAUGGGACAUGAAGCGUAUGUUAGUGGAAUUUGUUUAUUGAACAAUUUUAUCCUAUCUGGCUCUGGUGACUGUACACUGCGUUUGUGGGACUUCAAUAAUGGUGAUUUGAUUGAUAAACUAACUCUUCAUACUGCAGUUCAAAAUGUUAUUGAAAUUGAAAACUUAGCUGCUAUUCAACUAUAUAACUCUAAAGAUGUACAUAUCAUUAAAACAGAGAAAAAAGAAAAUAAAUGGAAUAUUAAAAAUAUAAAAACUCUUAAAUUUGAAAACAAUGUUUUGAAUUUAGCAGCACAUGGUAAUCAACUGUGGAUUUUAACUAGUAACUCUGUUUAUAAGUAUACUAUUGAUGCUUGUAAUGAAAGCAUUUUAAGAAACGAGGAUGUUGAGAUGACACAUGUAUUUGAAACGUUAAGUAAUUUAGUUAAAUCAUUCAUAUACUUGGAAAAAACUAAUUUGAUGACUUUUCUUUAUAACAAAAUGAUUGAUAAACAAAUUAGAACUGAACAAUAUAAAAAUAAAAGUAGUUCUCCAGUAUUACAUCAAAUUAAAAAAAUAAGAACUGGAGUUUACUUAUAA